UUUCUUCCAUUUUAUUUACAAGUACUUGCUUUUCAACUUCUCCUCACCAUCAACACUACAAACAGUAUUCGACGCUAUGGGCAGAAUUAAGAACCUCAACCCUCACGUUCCAAAUGUUGCCAAAGUCGGUCGGGCAACCAUCCACUCUCCCCUUCCAGACAACCUGGCUGCCGACCUGGCAAAGGCAACGUCCAUUUUGGAGCAUUUUAUCAAAGGAACCAACCAAAUGGAUGCUGCACUAAUUCCACCAAAGAUUAUUGCGAAUGCUAAAGGUAUUGCAGUCAUUACGAUCUUGAAAGCGGGUUUCCUAUGGUCGGGCCGGGCGGGAUCAGGCAUUGUCGUUGCAAAGCUUCCUGACGGACGGUGGUCUGCUCCGUCAGCCAUCGCUGCAGCGGGAGCAGGUUUCGGAGCCCAAAUCGGUGCGCAAUUGACGGAUUGUGUGUUUAUCCUCAACAAUGAUGCUGCAGUCAAAGCAUUCUGUCAUGGUGGAAAUUUGACUCUUGGCGGCAACAUGUCAGUUGCUGCAGGCCCCAAGGGCCGUGCUGCAGAAGCGGCUGGUGCGGUCGUUAAUUUUGCCCCCAUUUACUCCUACUCGAAAACGAAAGGUCUUUUUGCGGGCGUGUCCCUAGAAGGAUCCGUCAUACUCACCCGCAACGACGCAAACAAGGAACUUUAUGGCCGAAAGGUUUCUCCAAAAGAGCUCUUGAGCGGUGAAGUUACACCGCCAGUCCAAGCUGAGGGUCUCUACAGAGUCCUAAACUUCAAAUUCGGCAGUAUGGGCACAGGCGUACCUGUUCCCCAUCCAGUCGCACAACGCACAUCCACGAGGACAGCAGCAAGUGCUCCGGCAAGCAGGGGUGGUAGCGUAAACCGCGUAGGAACGAUAUCGAAUUCGACAGGAGACAUACCGAAAUCAGCAGUAGUAGCGGAUAGUGGAACCAUAUCAAAGCGUGCCCCUCCACCACCCCCGCCAGCCGCUGUAAAAUCUGCCACCACAAAAGCGACAGCUUUGUAUGACUUUAUCGGGGAAAGACCUUCUGACCUAUCCUUCAAGAAAGGAGAUCUUAUUACCAUUAUAAAGGCCGGAGGGCCGAAUGAUUGGUGGGUUGGGAGUCUUAAUGGGAAGGAAGGUGAUUUUCCAGGGAAUUAUGUGCAGGCUUGAUUGCGUCAGUAUUUGCGUAGUGAUUGACAUAGCUGGUGGAGUUUUGAGCGUUGGACAACACGAGCGAGUAGCAUUCUAGUACACAGAUUUGUCACGUUUCAUAUAAGAACCAUUCUUGUCCUCAAUUUGUGUCCCUG